AUGUCAUCUCUCACCUCAACUCUCAAAGAUCCUUCGCUCCUCGUCGAGAACCGGCCCUUCAUCAACGGCGAAUGGCCUACCUUCGCGUCCGCUCAAACCUUCCCAGUCUAUAACCCCGCGACAAAUACCAUUAUCGGCUCAGCACCAGAAUGCACCGUCGACGACGUCAACAGUGCCAUCUCCGCGGCUUCAGAGGCCUUUCCCCUGUGGCGCGCUCAAUCAGGCCGCCAGCGCGCAAAGAUAAUUCGCAAAAUCGCAGAGCUACUCGCAGAACAUAAAUCCGAUAUCGCAAAGAUCAUCACUGCGGAGAAUGGAAAGGCCAAAGCGGAUGCUGAAGGGGAGGUGAUGUUCUCAGCGGGGUUCUUUGAGUGGUUCGCGGAAGAAGCGCCGAGGCUGUGCGGUGAUGUUGUCCCGCAUUCGCAGCCAAAUUCGAGAAUUCAGGUAAUCAAGCAGCCCGUCGGUGUUUGCGGUUUGAUCACGCCUUGGAAUUUCCCCUUGGCGAUGGCUGCGAGGAAGGUCGCUGCUGCGCUUGCGGCUGGGUGUACGGUUGUUCUCAAGACGGAUGGUGUGACGCCUUUCUCGGGGAAUGUUCUUGGUGUUCUCUCUGAGCGCGCUGGUCUUCCAAAGGGCGUUCUUAAUAUCGUCACUGCUCUGGACAACACACCGAAGCUAGGUCUUGCGCUGUGCGAGUCCGACGUCGUCAAGAAGAUCUCCUUCACGGGCUCGACCCGGGUGGGCAAGAUCCUGAUGAAGCAGUCAGCCGAUACUCUCAAAAAGCUAUCUCUAGAGCUUGGGGGCAACGCACCCUUCAUCGUGUUUGACGAUGCCGAUCUCGAGACCGCGGUUUCCAGCGCCAUCAUUGCCAAGUUCAAGGUCACUGGGCAAACAUGCGUUUGCGCCAACAGGAUCUACGUCCAGGAAGGCAUUUACGACCAGUUCUCCGAGCGCCUAAUUGAGGAAGUUGGCAAGUUCAAAGUUGGCAAUGGAGCCGACCCUUCAGUGACACAUGGCCCUAUGACGACAAGUGUGGACAAGGUCGAGGAGCAUGUCAAAGAUGCCCUCAAGAAGAAAGCGACUCUUCUCUUAGGCGGCCAGCGGUUACCCGAUCUCGGAAAGAACUUCUUCCAGCCGACAGUCCUGGGCGAUGUUGACGAUACGAUGGCCGUGACUUACGAAGAGACAUUCGGACCACUUGCGGCGUUGACCAGGUUCAAGACAGAAGACGAGGUUAUCGCAAGGGCAAACAAGUCCGAUGUCGGGUUGGCUUCCUAUAUCAUGACAAAUAACCUAGCGAGAUCGUACCGCGUGCAGGAGAGAUUGGAGUUUGGCAUGGUGGCCAUCAACACAGGUGUCAUCUCAGAUUGGGCUGCUCCAUUUGGUGGUGUCAAACACUCUGGUAUGGGGCGUGAGGGCAGCAAAUAUGGUGUUGAUGAUUACAUGGUUCUCAAGACAAUUGUCACUGGCGGCAUCAAUACUGUCAUAUCAAUUCUCAAAUCUGCCAAAUCGCAUCGUCUCCUCUCCCAAACAUCUUUCCCUCAACCCUCCUAUCGACACAAGAAGACCAAAAACGUCACCACAUCAUCAGACAUGGCUACCGACAAGAUGAAGUCGUCCCCUCUGAAGCCCUCAACCCCCAUCGCCAUCCCUCCCGGUCGAAAUCGCGCCUUUACCAUCGACCAGCUCCCUCAACACCAUCCUCCCUCCCGUCGCUCAAUCCUACCCGGAACUCCGAGCCCUCAAGGCUGCACAGACACCGCUCCUCCCGAUCCUCGCAAGACUGUCAACCCGGAAGACCCUCUCCGCUACGUCGACUCUCUCAAACUCCAAGUCGUCCGCAACCAGCGCGGCGAAACCCUCGGCCUCAAAGUCGUCGACGUCAACUCUGUCAAACCUGAACGAGCAAACAUUUGUGCCCAUCUUCAUAUCGGCAAAGAAAACUCUGGUCUUGUGUUUGAUGUCGAGAGUCCCGAGGCGAUGAAGGAGCUGUACUCUAAGGCGUCGUUGACGAUGGCCUCGGACAGGAUUAUGGGCAUUUUGUUUGCGCCUCCUGGGGCGGAGGCUGGGGGUAUCGCUAGGGAUGCGGAUUGGUCUUUUUUGGACGGGGAUGUUGGAGGUAGAGAGGCGAAGGAGGAGAAUUUGAAGGAGGAGAAUGUGAAGGAGAGUAGGGAUCAGGGCCGGUCAGAUGCUCAUACUCUGCUUCCCUUGCAUUUGAGGGAUCUUCAUCUUAAGGAUUGA